CCGCGGCGCCGCCCACCCAGGAGGUGCGCGCGUCGGCGUCCACUUCACCCACGCGGCCCCUGGGCCCCGCUUGCCAGCCUGGCUCGGUUAGGCCGGCCGGCCGUCCCGCUCGGCGCCGGCGGUUCCACUUCAACACACCCCCGUUGAGGUGCGCGUUGACCACCGUUUCCACGUGUGCCAUUGCACCCGGCCGCCGAUCCCUCUCGCCGCUGACUAGUCUGACCGACCCCGACCCCGGCCGAACAAACCCGCACGCACGCGCGCGCCCACGGCUAUUUAUGCGCUCGCUCCACCAGCGGGCACGGUGCACAAGAAACACGAGCUGCUGGGCAAGAACUCGCGGAAUGGACCACCACGGCGAGAGGAGGAGCAGCGCGCACGGGGCGGCGGCCAGGCCCUGGCGCGGCACCGGCGGUGGAGGUGGCGCUCUGCCGCCGCCGCCGCCCAAGGUGUACCGCGUGGAGCCCAGGGACUUCCGGGCGCUGGUGCAGAGGCUCACGGGCGCCGGUGGUGGUAGCGAGGCGGCCGCACCGGGGCCCGCGGCGCAGCUGGCCGCGCAGCAGAGGGUGGUGGCGCCGGCUAUGGUCGCGGAGAGCAGGCGCAUGGAGGCGGCAGCGGCCGCCGCCGCCGCCGCGGUGGCACCGGAGCAGCAGUUCGAUUACGCGUCGUGGUACUCGGCGCCGCUGCUCAGCCCGGCGUACGGCGCGGCCGGCUUCGGCGGCCACCAGCUGUAGAAACGGAUUCUUGGAUAUUUGUGGAGUUUCGAUCACUUGUUCGGUUGUUCGUGUUCCGGUCUCAUUUCCCCUGCUUUUGGGGCGUGGCGACAGCCUUCUUGUAGCGCGAAUGAAUUGGACCAAGAAAUUAAGCAACUAGUUUAUGAUUGGAAACAAAGAUAAAUCAAGCUUGGUACUAUUCUUUGUUGCU